ACCUUUUGACGAAAAGCGUAACACCCAAUUGCGAAUGUUGACGUAAGCUUGGACACUGACAAAUCGUAACCGUAACAUCUGUCCAAUUAAACCGGAAACAUCGCGUCAUUUCAAACGCGAGCAGACAGGAAAAGUCGGCGAGCGACGCGAGACAUUGCGCGAGAGCCGCGAGAGCGAGUCGCCGCUUCCGCCAUCUUUAAAAGGACAGCUCUCAGCGAGAGAUUAUUGUAAACAUUUGAGACGUGAAAACAAACGCGUUUCUGCCAUUACGUCUAAAUAACGAGCCACUCAGCAUAGUCUAACGCUAUAAAAAUGACGUGCGCAUGUGUCAAUUAAUACGAGUUCUUGCCGAAGGCCUCGCAAACGAAGCAAGUAAACAACGACAGUCGCUGCGGAGGUGUCGCCACCUGUUGUCGCCUUCUGACGUCACCAUGAUGGCGGCGGAGGCGCAGCGUAAUGUAUGAAACCGCGGUUGGCGAGUUUGGCUCAUGUGCGUUGUUGGACGGAGCGAACCCCAGCGCCAACCCGAACCCAUGUCGUAGCCGCCGAUCAGCCGACACGGCCUUGUUGGAGCCGGCAACGAUGGACCCUACGUUCAACGUGGGGCGGUUCACUGGCCCCAAGUUCAGUCAUUCCCACUAUCAAAACAACAUCGUCGUCGAAGCAGCCGCCGUGCCGUCGCCCUGUCAAGGCAGCCAUCAAGGCAGCGUCGCAAUGCCCACAGAACGGCGGAGCUCCGUGGGUGACGGAUCGAGUCUGGACCCCGUGGCGGGGGGAGCCUCAAGCUCGAGCGACGAGACGUCCACGGACUGCAAGGACUCUGCAUACGUCUCCAGCGAGAGGCUCACCGUCAUGGACACGAGCCCCCCUUGGACAGCUUCGUCUCCGGACUUCGGACCGGAAGUGAUGUUCGACCGCCUCACGGAGCUCGCCAUCAUCGCAACGAGCCCGGAGAGCCCCCUGCUCAGGGCCUCACCUCCGCUCCUGGGCCCACCAUCCGCGGGGAGCGGUCCGGGGUCGCCCCAGUGCCGCCAGCGGUCCCUGAGCCUGUCGGCCCUGCACUCGUACGCGCGGCCGCCGUUGCCCCAGCGUCAGGCCCCGGGGAAGUGCACCACCCCGACGCAGGCACUCUCCGUGGACACCAUUGCCCCCAGCUGGGACUGCAGCAGGAGGCUGCUUCUGACUCCCGAAGACCGCUCUGCCGCCUACACCCUCAGCACCAUGGCUCAGCACCGCGUGGUGGCGGCCCCGGUGGCGGAGCCGCCUCCCAGCCCCGCCCACAGCUCGCCCUCCAAGAAGGGAGGGGGCAACACGCGCACCCGCCAUGUGUCGUGGCCGGACCCCAGCAAGCCUCGGCGCCCCAUGAACGGGUUCAUGCUCUUCGCCCAGAAGCACCGGGGGGAGUACUCCCACCUGCACCCGGGCAAAGACAACCGGGCCAUCAGCGUGAUGCUGGGCGACCAGUGGCGCAAGAUGAAGUCCGAGGAGAAGAAGAUGUACUCCCAGGAGGCCAAGGUGCGGGCGGACGAGGUGAAGAAGGUGCACCCGGACUGCUGGAAGCGCAAGCGCUCCUACUCCACCAGCCUCUGAGCCGCCCCCUUCUCCGACCGGCACGCCGGGUGCAAACCCCGCCCCCACCCGGUGCACGUCCGGUGCCGGGUCCCCGUCCGGAGGGGGCCGUCGCCGUCGUCGGCCGCCCGCGCACGCGUCUUCCCGUGCUUGCCUCGGCGGCCGACGCGCUUACAGACUGCCGCAUUUCGGCUCGCCGCUUCGUCAAAGAGGCCACCUUGCGUCGGGGCGAGCAGAUUCGGCAAGCGCGUGCUGUUGCGCGUUUGCGUCUCACUUUUGUUUCUCGUCUGCGUUUUCGUUUGUCGCUUUCCAAGUGAGGUUUUGAAGCCUUUUUUUGGGGGGGGGGGGGGGGGGGGGACAUUGAAGAAAUGUUUUAAAGCUGGUGCACUCAUUUGCGUUUGAGCGGAACCGAGUGUGUUGUAACCCUUUCGUGACGGCUUGUGACGAGUAGAGCCUGUGCUCUGGAGUUGCUGAUCGGGGUAGCUUUGGCCAACUUCCAAUCUGCAUAUAGUAUAUUUCCCAAAUUUCUUACUCGUUCCUCUUUUACAGGGGCCUCGAAAUAAAUCUGACAACGUUAUGAGCAACUUUUUCUGAUAGACAGCGAGUAGACCUGAUCCCGCAAGUACCGCAAAAACUCUCCGCCUAUGCUCCAUUUCACGAUAACUCGGCGAAAUGUGGAGGCUGCGGCUCCCACGACCCAGUAAGAGCGCUCCAUGGUCGAAACCACUAAGGCCUUGUUACCACCAUAGCAGCAGCGCCAUCCGCAACAAAACAUUGUUUUCUUUCUCUUUUAACGGCAAUUGAAUGCAACGAUUUCAACUCUAUCGAGAAUAGAUUAAAAAUAAGGAGUAAAUUUAUAUUUAGUUCAAAGAAGUGACUAAAAUCCGUAUCUGCUCCCAAUUUUUUCUGCUUGUAGAGGCGUGGCUGUUGGCAGUUGCAGCAGUGUGAUCGACUGCUCCACUCAAAACAUUACCCCGGCAUUAUAGCACCCGCCACAGACUUCUGGGGAAAUUGAGCGUAUGGUUGUCUGAUAAACUCUUUUCGAAGAGCUCGUAACUCUUAGGACAUGGCAAUGUUGCGGCGGUGGACGUCCAUCCCAAGUUGAUUGGUUUCGGGGCAGACGACUCUUGGCCGGCAGACGACAGCCGGUUCCUUGGCACAGUGACACAUACGCUCACGUGACGUGUUGUCAUGUGCUUCGCUCCAACACUUUUAUUGUGUCGCUUGGGCCGUAGCCUCAACAGUUUGCCAAGUUAUCGUGAAACGGAGUAUAGUUAUGCGCAGAUUGGAAAGGUUCCGGAGCUAUCUAACAGAUGGCGCUAGCGUACCAGUGUGUUUUCUCGUCGUAAGUGGUUACGGACGGUUAGGGUGGAUAUUAAUAAUCAAUGCAAUUUGAAUUGUCAUCUAUAUUUUGAUUUCAAUUGUAAUUUCAGUCUGACCAGUUAAAUUGGAACGGACUAUGAUAAGUUAAACCUUUUCGAAAUAUUCCUGAAAAAAUGUUUAUUUACCGUUUGUCCGUCAUUUUAUGCUUUCUAUGUGCAUUUUUGUUUUGUGUUUAAAUAGAGCAAUCAUCAUACAAGAAAAAUUAAUAAAAGACUAAACCAUCAGCUAUGUAAUGUCCUAUUGCAACAAAAUCGGAAUGCAGAAGAAAGAAAUGAAAUCUUGAAAAAGUAAUGUCCUAUUGCAGUCAAGUGAGAACUGUAAAAAAAAAAAUCAAAUGAAGUGUUUUAACCGAAUUAAAAAACUUAACCUGUGUCUUCUAGUAUGGCAAUGACUACAGCAAUGAAAAGUUGUCUAUUAAAUUGUAGUUUACAUUUACAAUAAUUCUUUUCUCUGUAUUGUCAUCGGUGAUCAGACGAAUUGCUCAAUGAAUCUGCCAUUUUGGAAAAUACAUUGGGGGUUAAGAAUCACUAUUUUCUAGCUGUAGUGAUUUAAAUUGGAUUUUUAUUUGAAUCAAAGAGAUCUGAUUUAUUUGACCUUUUCGAAAAUUUGUGACUUUUUUCACCUUGCUUGCAAUGCUGUCGAUCAUGCUCAAGCGCAAAUGUGUGAAUGAGCCUUUGAGGAGCCCCUGGAGAGAUCUUAAAAUGAGGGUUCUGUCGAUUCAGCUGCCUGUCUGCUUUAUGUUUGUUGUCUGCAGUGAUCGUGAAAUGCACUCGGUUCUUUUCUCUUCUUUUUUAUGUUGAUUCUACAAAUGCACGCUUGCAAACAUGCUUUAGCUUUCAUUUUGUUGUUUUGUUGGUGCAGUGCUCGCUGUCGUUUGUGACGUCUGCUCGGGUAAUCUCAGCGCUCGUCUGCUAGCGCCCGGCAGGCUAAAGUGCGUCUUUUGCUUUUUACUUUCAGAGGUGUGUUUUUCCAAGAGCUUCACGCACGGCUAUCUCGUCGUUCUGGUUUCUCGCCCUUGUCGUCUCAUAUUUUUCUAGACAUCCAUUUUUAACAGGACACAUAUUUUUACUCUUUUUUUUGCUCGCAGUUUUGUGCUUGUCAGUUGUUGAUGUUGCAUCCUCCUGCUACGACUUGCAGCCCUUGUGCUCUUUGGGAAUUUGAGUAUACACUGUCGCUUGUAGGGACAAAUUGUGCUACAUCCAAUGAACUGGGAACCUUUCUCGUCGGGCAGAAGAGCGGAGCACAAGGAGGCUAGUCAAGCACGUACCUUUCCCGUCUUAGUACAAAUCAUGUGUUUGGAGACCAGCGAGAGCAAGAUUUUAUAUCCCAGAGAAGAAAAAUGGACAAUAAAAGAAGGGAGGGAACGGUCGUGUGCCAACGUUACCCGCAAUCGUGCCAAAACAAUAUGCAAUCCUGGGGGGAGGCUGUUUUCAGCAUUGCACACGACAACUGCUCAUCGUCUAUCGAGUCACUCAGAGUAUAGCGUUUGCAUCAAACUGAAUUGUUGGUCAGCUUAUAUUCUUUUAGUUGCUAUUCACUUCGUGAGUGACAUAGUUUAUCUUGUUGCUGGUUUUAGGGCGAUUCUGUUGUAAAAAUCUGACCGACCACAACUGCACUCGCUUGCAGUUCGAGCGCAGGUAGGUUAACUGCGUAUGUUCAGUUGGCAGACGGUCAGUCAUAGAUUUAUUUUGUUUUCUGUCGAGAUAUACAAAGAAGGGUGCAUAUUUUUGGGGCACUCGCCAGUUUAGUUUUUUUUCUCUUAGCAAUACUUGUUGGGGUCUUUUUUCCCUGUGUCGACAGAAACGGCAAUUCUGUUGCCCUUUGCUCUUUCUGAGGAGCCCCUUUGAAUGUCGUCUGCAAGUAUGCGACACGGUGCGGUCCUUGUAACCGUAGCUUUUUUUGCUUUCGGUCUUUGUUUUCUUGUUCGCCGAUGCAGUGUCGAUCUCAUUGUCACCUGAUGACGUCCCCCGUGUUUCCAUCACUGUCCUGUUCUUCCCCUCCGUUUCGCAGACAAUUGAAAAGUGGCGAUUGAAGGGAGUGGCUUUACGGCCGCCAUUCAGGCUUUUUAGGGCGGCUUGGCUUGGCUUCGCCACUUGUGGGAGCAAGAGUAACGAUUGCGGACUUGGAGUGGGAUGUGAUCGGAGUCACUGAAGCAAUAGGGGAGGGCAACCCUGCGGGCCUCAAGUGUGAGCUGCCCCCGCUUGCGUGUUCUUUGUCUCGGAAUGUUUUGGAACAAAGCGCUAAAGGUGUGUGUAGCAUGUGUUAUUGGAGGUCUGUGCAUUUGCAGAGUCCUCGGUAUCUAACGAGUUGGUUUUCCUAAGCAUGCUUGAGCUCUCUCGGCGAGGGGAUGUGGGAACCACAACCUGUUUUAUGUGUCGAAUGUCGCUAUUUUUUUUUUUUUCUAGAGGUGUGGUAUUUCUGUGCUUUUUCUAUUUUUUUUUUUUUUUUAAGUGUUGAUCAUCACCUGGUGAACUCCUUGCCGCCCUUGCUGGUUUCGUAUUUGUUUCCUCCUUUUUUGGUAUUUGUCGGAGCUCCAUAUUGUGUGUUUUUUGUUUUUUGCAUGUCUGCAUGCAUGCGCGCGCCAAAUUAUUGUUUUAUUUGCUGGUUUGUUCACCACUAGUGGCAGUACUGUUACAGUAGGUGCCAGCCACACAGUGGGCAUCCAUGUGACUUCUCUCUAUGCGUGUAUUUGAAUGUCACAAUUCAACUGAAAUAGUUUGUUCCGCCGGUUUUUUAUGAGUAAAAUUUGUGAUCAGACUUCUGUUGAGUUUUCUGCAGGUGAAAAUUUUUUCGUUUCAAUGCGACCAUGACGUCUGUACUUUCUUCAUGCGUAAUUCAAAAUUGUGGAGGUGUCUCUCUUUUUUUUUUAUGAUUGAUUUGUCAAUAAAUUUUUACGUUUCAUACGAGUUA